GAUAAGCCGGAGAGAUGAACGUGGGCACGGCACACAGCGAAGUGAACCCCAACACCCGGGUCAUGAACAGCCGCGGCAUCUGGCUCUCAUACGUCCUGGGGAUCGGCCUCCUGCACGUCGUCCUCCUCAGCAUCCCUUUCUUCAGCGUCUCCGUGGUCUGGACUCUGACCAACAUUAUCCACAACAUGAGCAUGUACAUUUUUUUGCACACGGUCAAGGGAACGCCGUUUGAAACGCCUGACCAGGGGAAAGCCCGGCUGCUCACCCACUGGGAGCAGAUGGACUACGGUGUGCAGUUCACCGCUUCCCGCAAGUUCCUGACCAUCACGCCGAUUGUGCUCUAUUUUCUCACCAGCUUCUACACGAAAUACGACCGGACGCAUUUCAUCAUCAACACUAUCUCCUUGAUGAGCGUCUUGAUCCCGAAGUUACCCCAGCUUCACGGCGUCCGCAUCUUUGGGAUCAACAAGUACUGAACUCGGUGUGGGAGGGUGUUAGUGAGUUCUGGGAGAUCGGGCUGAGGACCCGGUUCCCCCUUGUUUUGUCUGCCUCUGUGGGGGGGAUGCAGUUCUACAAUGGCUCUUUUUUCGACGGGCGCCUCUUGUACCGGAUUCCAAGAUCUGACAAGACCCCACCAGCCGACACUUGGAUCCCAGACAGAGUUUAGCUUUACAGAGAGAGACCCAAGGGAGAGCUCAAAUUGAUUUAUUUUUCCCUCUCGAGAAAAGUAACGACGCAGACAAUGCUGAGAUUUUUUUUUAAAAAGGUACUUGUAGGUUAUUCUGUGGGUAGGAAGGACAUCCAGCCUCAAAAACUCAAGAGAUGUAGGAAAGGUAGGAGCCCGUCGCAAGGGUGACGUUUAGUUUUCUAGCAAAUGCACUUUAAACCGAAAACUUUUUCGGGGGGGAUUUUGAAUUGCUCGUUGAAAGGGCUAAUCAAAAAUUUUUUUUAAGAUGUGCAUCAGCGACCAGGGGGUGGGGUGGGGUGGGGUAGAUGGAUUUCCCACGAUUUGGAAACCUUAGUUGAUAAUUUAUAGAGAUGUUUAAUUAUUUGGUAGGCGGGAGAAUCUCGAUACUUCUGCAGGAUUAGGAACUCCUUUUCCCAUUAGAAGCGCCCCCGUCGUUCUGAAUCGUAUUUGGAAGGGAACCCUUCAGCCAUUCCAAACAAGCAGCAGGGAUCAACGGAACUGAGGAGAGUUUGGGUCCGCUUAGCCGCUUGUGGGCCGAUUAUCCUCCUUCCGCAACUCUCACUGGGGAGUGGGGAGAGAGAAGGAACCGAUCCCUCCUUCAGAACACCUACCCGGUAUGACAUUUUCCACCAACAGCAAUUUUGACGUGACUACAGUUCGGUCCUCCGGACAGCAGGAAAGAUUGCUUAAAUAAAGUUCUGGUAAUAUUUGGAGUAUAAAGGGUUUUUUCCCCCUGUUUUCAAGGAUGCAGACUGGUAAGAGAGACAUGAAAAGAACACCGGUGUGCAGAAAGAUGAAGAAUCUGCUACUCUGGGAGGCGUUUCAUAGCAGAAUGAGAAGAGGUUUGGGGUGUUUUCUGGGAGGCCUUUGCCAGAGCAUGUAAAAUGAGAGAGUUGGCACAACCACCUCUGUUUUCUUGCCACCACAAUAGACUGCCACUUGAAACGUUUGAGUCUGGCCCUGAGAAACUAUAGGAAUGCUUUCCCAGUCUCAAAUCUGAGUAGAUUUGGUAGUGGUCAGAAAGCUGUGUGUGUGUGUGGGGGGGGCAACCUGAAACAUCAGCUCAGUUAUUAUCUCAUAAAGUUGCUUUUUUACCGUUUUCUUGCUCUUUGGCAAACGCAUGUUCUGGUAGCCCACACACUACGUAGCAUCUUCAGAAAAGGAAAGGCGGUGAUCUUUCACCCCUGUCGGAAGAGUGGCAUGAUAAAAGGAAGUCUGCACAGGUUAGCUAUAGAUGCUCUUGAAUCCAUUAGCCGUUGACACCGACUACUGUGUUUCCUGCCAGCCAGCUCUCUAUUUCUUUGGGUUUUGCUUUGAAAGCUAGCACCUCCAUAACAUUUGGGCUGGGUUGUUUUUUUACCGUAGAGUCAUUCCGUAAUCUGGAGCUGCGGUG